AUGUGUAUUAACAAUACAGAUACACCUGCACAGCACAAUCAUGGUGAAUAUUCCAGCCAAGCAUUGAAGAAGCAGGUGCUUAAUACAGCAUGUAAAAGAAAAGCUAUUGAAAAUGUAAGUACCAGACCAAAAAAAAUUAUUCUCACUGAAAUCGCACAAAAUAGUAAUUCAUCAGAUAUAAGUGAUAUAACCAUUAACGAUAUAACUAGAAUCCGAAAGAAUAUUUAUGAAAACCGACGGAAAAUUAUGCCCCCAAAUCCUACUAAUAUAGCUGAUGCUCACAACGUACUUAAUUUAAUUGACGUGAAAACCAAACAAAGUGAACAUUUUUUAUUGGUCAAUGACGAAAAAGAAAAUAUAAUAAUAUUUUCGUGUGAAACAAAUCUUCGAUUUUUAUCUAUAGUUGAUAAUAUUUAUAUGGACGGAACUUUCGAUUAUAGUGCUCGUUUUUUUUUACAAUUUUUUUCGAUUCUUGGAUAUCUUAAUGGUUACUAUGUUCCAUUAGUUUUUUGCUUAUUACCAAAUAAAUGUAAACAAAUGUAUAUUUAUGUUUUUCGUGCAAUAAGCAAAAAAUGCAAAGACUUGGGGUUAAAUUUUUCUCCAGCUAAUAUUACUGUAGAUUUUGAAAGGGCUAUAAUUAAUGCAGUUUCUGGAAUGUGGACGCAAACCAAUAUAUCAGGAUGCCGAUUUCACUUGACCCAGUCUUGGUACCGUAAAAUACAAGAAAUUGGCUUAUCAAGUGUGUAUAAAGACGAGUCAUCUGAAAUUAGUAAAUGGUUACGUAAUAUAUUUGGAUUAUUAUUUCUAAAUCCGGAAGAUGUAAGUGAUUGUUUCACCGACGAUUUUAUGAGCGAGUGUCCGUUCGAUGAAAGACUACAAAAGUUUUCUGAUUAUUUUGUAGAAACAUAUAUUUCUGAAGAUUGUAUUUACCCUCCAAAACUUUGGCCACUUGCAUAG